AUGGCGAGCCGCGGCUGUAACUUGGAGUGUGUCACGGGGGAGGACGCUGGGAAAGACGUCAUUGAAUUUAUGGGACCCGUGAAGAUUAUUCUGGUAGAUCAGCCCAAGAAUUUGUAUAUGAGGAAGCGUUUUGCCGCUGCUGCUAUCGUUCUGGCCCAUAUGAUGAUGGGCGCGAAUAGCAUGAUCAUAUUCUACUAUUCUUUAAGCUUCAAGAAGAAUACAUGUCUAUAUGCUUCUCACAUGGCGCUUGGAACUGCUGGGUUCCAACUAUGUAUGCCGUCGGCGAUAUUGGCUCUGCAUAAAUUAGCCGGUUCUACUGCUGUUAUGAGGUUGCCCCAUAGACCAUUCGAACAUGCGUUCUUACAGCUGUUCGCCAUAAUUUUCGGUGUCAUGUCUACGCUUGUAACUAUCUUCUUUGGGAAGUUCAAAAUUACUAUUCAUUCAAUAGCAGGAGUUGCAGCAGGGGUCUUAGCCAUCUUGAAUGUGAUAUUUGGAACAGUGAUCUAUGACUAUAAAGGCACUAGAAUAGACAUAAAAGAGCUCGGUCGUUUUCGAGAGCCCUUCCACAAAAUGCACAAAUUCGCCGGAAUGCUGUCUUUUACUCUGUCUUCUGUGUGUUUUAUGAGCGGCCUUGUCAAGCAGUCUUUUGUGAAAUGGGCGCCUGUUAAAGAGAUUCCGUAUAUUUCGAUCUUGUUUUGUGUUUUUUAUACGCUUAUUGUAUUGUAUAAGCCAUUGAAGGAGCAUUAA